CAGUUUUAUUGCUCAGAAGACUUAAUAGAGUUCGCAGUUAUUUUCCAUUUAAGUAUUAACUUUGUCUCAGAUGUCUCUUUUAAAUUUAUAAAAAAUAAUGAGAUAAAUGGACAAUUGUCGACCUAUAGUAACAUAAUUGAAAUUUCUCUUUUGGUAUCAUGGCAAAUCUUAACACAGUGCAAGACCUUUUUGCCAUCCUAUGUGAGUGAUCUUUUUUCUGAAGAUCUCAAAAGUUAAAAGUCUCCAUUUAAUGUCAUAUCUGUCUACUAACAAAUAAGAUAUCAAUUAAAGAGACAUUAAAGAGUUUUCCUCCUUUUGGGACGAAAUGCUUUGCAUUUUUGUUGUCUCUCCUUUAGAAAUGAACAUCAGAGAAAAUGAGGUGCAUGAGGCUCCACCCACUUGAGUUCAACCUGCUCAGGUGCUCAAACAAUAAAAAGACUGUUCAGCCUGAUAAAGAGCUAUUUUCUUCUGAUUUUGACUCAGACUGCUGGAAAGGGAACACAUACUAAAGGAUUGUUCUUCUUCAAAGAUGAUGAAGAUUAUACCGAGACCCUCUGCCACCUUAGCUUUUGGUUGGCUUGUACUUUUUAUGGGUGUGAACUCUGUCAAUAUCUUUUCGGUGGAAUCCCUAAAUGAAAGUACAGUCAGCACAGCUUUAUACCCCAAAACUACAUUAAUCAUGGACCUCAGAAUCACUAACAGGAUUUAUAAUGACUCACUAAAUGACCAGGACUCAGAAGAGUAUAAAUCACUCAGGCAAGAAGUGGAGCAACUGUUCUUUGAUGUUUAUGGUCCCACAUCUCUGGCAUAUUUGGGAACAGACCAAAUGACAUUCAGAAAUGGAUCUGUUAUUGCCAGUGCUCAGAUGUUGUUUGGACGACUAUGAUCAAUCCAGUGCUCGAGAGAAGUUUCUUUUUGUCUAUGUAUAGACAAAUCCCAUCACCAGCACUAGAAAUUGACCUCGACCAUGUUGCAAGUCUGAACUCUGUUGAUGUCUUUGCGAUGGACUCCCCAAUAGAAAAUACAGUGGUCACAACUCCACAACCGAAAACAAAAUUUGACAUGGAAAUCAGAAUCACUAACCGGAUUUAUAAUAAUACACUGAAUGACCAGGACUCAGAAGAGUAUAUAUCACUCAGGCAAGAGGUGGAGCAACUGUUUUUUGAUGUUUACAGCCCCACUCCUCUGCUAUAUGUAGGCACAGACCAAAUAACGUUCAGAAAUGGGUCUGUCAUUGCCAGUGCUGAACUGCUGUUUGAGACAACCAUGAUCAAUCCGGUGCUUGAGAGAAGGCUGUUUUUAUCACGCUACAGAGACUUGACAUCCCCACAGCUAAGAAUCGACCCUGACUAUGUUGAAAAUCAACUCCCUCAACAACCAGUUGAAGAUGUGAACACCACCACUCCAACCACACCCCUUACGACCACUCCCUCCAUGACCACACCUCUCACCUCCACUCCAAACAUUACAACACAAACUACAAUUCCCACCAGCCACAGUACAUCCACUAUCCCUCCAACACACACCACUACCCUAACCUUCAGUACUGUUGUAGACAAUACCACAUAUACGCUUCACUCCACCUCUGGGGACAAUACCACAUAUAUGCUUCACUCCACAUCUAUAAACUCAACCUCAACACCCCUUAACAACACAAUGCACCCUAGCACUAAUGAAACCCAGUCACCAGAGAACAUGGACAUCACUGGCGGUGCAAUCACUGCAGCCCCCAACGACACCAACACCACCAGCAGCAGCACACCCAAUGACACAAUGUCAACGUCAAUCCACAACACGAUCAAUAGUAUAUCCACAGUCAGCUCUAGUAUCUCGACUGUCAGCUCCAUUUUAACAGAUUCACCUACUAAAGCUGCUACCGUGGUUCCUGACUGGGGCAUCGCUCUGUUAGUGUUGGCGGCCAUAAGUCUCCUACUUCUCAUCAUUCUUCUGAUCAUUCUGCUGGUGAUGUGCUGCUGUAAGAAGAACCGAAGAACUUUUGUGAAAGAAUCAGAAGCGAUAACUCCAACCAUGUACUUCAAUCCAGACAUCCCCAUGUACUCAACACACAGCAUCAUUGAUUCAGCCAAUGGCAAACAAGCGGACGUCAGAGAAAAACCUCCAGCAAAUCGGACAGGAAUGUACGUGGUGAACAAGUAAAGGACACUGGAGACCUGACCCACCCCACCUCUACUCCAAUGUGUGAUAAGCAAGGCAUAACUGCGAAAAUCUCUAAAGGACGAUCUAUGACCAGGGAUAUGACUUUUCAUGCAAUUUUAUUACACUUAGGCCUACUAGAAAUUAUUUUCUUACAACUUUGAACAAAACCUCAGUUUACUUUGUUACUGUAUACGUUUAUUGUUGUUGUUUUAAAUGGAUGAAUGAUAGAUGUGUGCUGUAUUAUUAAUAGUUUAGCGAAAUUAAAAUGAUUUCCGAAUUGCAAUGGACGUAUAGUUUUAAAAAAGCCAUUUUGUUGUUCAAUAAAAUCAUGUGAAAAAAUACUGUAUGAAUUAGUUCAAAGCAAAAUUGAAGUAUGUAAUUCAUUCAAAUUCUGUAUGUAGAAAACAAAUGUUACAUUUACACUACAGAUUCACAGGUACUGAAUCCAAUGUAGAAUAACACUAUGAAUUUACUGUAGUAUCCAGAAUAAAGAAUUUAAACUAUCUUAACUUUCUGAUAUUUUCUAAAAGUCUCUGUAUUGUAUUCAAUAGUUAUAAUAUUGUUGUCAAUAAAUUCUGUAAAUUUUU